CAGUGAACAGAAACCAUUUGGUUUUGUAGUUUAAAUGGAUCUACCCAGGCCUUAAGAUUGCUUCUUUUGUAAUUGCGCAUUUAUUGAACUGACGGAAGUGCUGCAACUUGAAUAAAGUUGAUGAAAGAUAAUGAUCUUGAUUGUGCUUGCAAGAAAUGAUAGAUUUUCAUUUAGCAUAACUUUUGUAAAUUGUAAGCUUUGUUGACAAAAAUUUAAUGGUUUGAAAGUUCAUUGAAAGCACCUUAUCAGUGGCUAAGAAUGUUACUUCUGAUAUGAAUGGUAGGCAGGGUUUCGGGAUUCAAAAUCAACUAGAUUUUGUGUAUCUACGAUGAUGGUAGAUGGACCGUCUUUUGUAGGGUGAAUAACUGAUUGUUCUGUUUCCUUUUUCUGAUAAUUAUAUGUGCAUUAUUGUAGCUUUGUAUAGACGUUGCUGAUAUUAUAUCAUGAUAUGUUUGCAUUAGUGAAUGGUAGAAGAUGGCUAGAGAAAAUGUCACACUAAUGUGUUACUGGAAUGGGAGGAUAACAAAUGGAGCACAAGGCAUUACUUAUAAAGGUGCCGUCCCAAAGCCUACAAGGGUUAGCUACGAAACAACACAUAAUCAGUUGCUGGAAAAGAUGUAUGAGAUUACUGGGUUUCACCAGCAACAUAUUAAAAUGAAGAUCAUAUGCAGGUAUCCAGCUUGUCAGGAAUUCAUACUUGUGCCCAUUACUGAUGAUGAGUCUUUAGACAUUGUAUUUGAUGUGGCACAAAAGCCUGGAACAAAUUGUUUGGAAUUGUAUUUGGAAAGAGAACCAGCAAGCAUAGAUAGCCAAGUAAAUAUCACAACACAAAUCCAUGUGGAUAAUCAAGUCAUAAUGUCGGACUACUAUGACAAUCAGGGCCAAGUGACAAGUUUGUGCUUGUGUUGCAAGACUAGCAUAGAUCUGAAGCCAUAUGGGCAGGAGAGGUUAGUAUCACUUCCUUGAGUCCUUCUCUAGCCAUCCGCUAUAGUGAUUGGUUCAAUACAAAAUAAGUGAAGAAAAGUGAAGUCAACGCAAUACUUUGAUUGCAAGACCCUAGUGUCUUAACAUGUAGAUAGAGAUUGGGCACAAUGAUGCG